UUUUUACUCUUCUUUUCCCCCUUUUUUUUUUAUUGUCGUCUUUUGUCAUGAAACUAUGAAAUUAAAUUUGAUAUGCCUCCCAAGUCAAAAAGUACAACCACAGAAGAAAAGACAUUGAAAAAUGAUAAUGCAAAGAAAAAAGCAUCUAGAGCAUGCAUACCUUGCCGGAAAAGAAAGGUUAAAUGCGAUGGUUUGUUCCCAUGUGAACGAUGUUUGAAGGCAGAUACGACUUGUGUGUACGAUAAACCACAACAAAAGAAAGAUUCUGCCCUUAGGCAGCACAUAGACAUCAAUGAGGCCAGGCUUGACAGAAUUGAGCAGUUUCUCAAGCACUUUUCGAUUAUGCUUGAUACAGCUAAUGAUGAAGUGGUCGACGCGCCUCUACUAGCUAACCGCGAUCAAAUGCGAUUCGAGGAUAUUAUAGGACCAGACCAAAAAUUAUGCAUCCAGCCGUCAGGCAAAGGUUUAUACACUACUAAAUCGCAGCAAACACAACACUUGCAGUAUUUAGAGUCCCAGCACAGGCAACCUGUUUUGUUCCAUUUGAUAUCUAUAUAUUUUCAAUACAUAGAUCCUAUCAUACCUAUACUGGACAGACCAACAUUUUUUCAUCUGCUACAAAAUAAUCUAAUAAGUGACCUACUACUUAAUGCAAUAUACUGUGUAUCUGCCCGCUGGGACGCUGCAAAUCAGCACGUAUCUAUAACUAAGUAUUAUCUAGCGCCCACAACGGAUCAACCACGAGGUUGGAUUUAUUACCAAAAUGCUGUGAAAUUGCUAGAUAAAGAAUCUGAGCCGAAUAUAGCAACAAUGCAAGCAGUAUUCCUAUUGCUGAAGUACAGUGAACAUGUGCGAAGACCUGGUUUUAUUUGGAGAACAAUGUACUAUCAUCAGAUCCUCAUCCAAAUGUGUACAGACCUAGGGCUUCAACCUUCUUCAACGAUUACAAUUGAAAACAAUGUGCAGCAACCAAGGUCCACAUCGACAGUAGAUGCCGAGAUAAGAAGGAGAAUUUUUUGGGCCGUUUAUUGCUACGAUGUCAUGCUAAGGUAUGGAACAGCUGUUAUGCGAUACAAUAGCAAUUUAAUAAUAUGCAAAAUCGUUUACAAACUUAGUGCGGAAAGUGGCACUUUACCUCAUUUUAACAUCUCAGAAAUUGACGAAAAAGACUUGCCAACAAUAUUAUAUAAUGAUACAAUUGAAUCGUUUAUGGAGCACCAAAAAAUACUGCAAUUUGUUAUGAACAUAAGAAUAUUACAGAACCAAGCAAAUAUUUUACAUUAUUUACACAAUAAAUUCAACAGAAUAUCGCCUUUUGCUCCUAUAUACAACCAUAUACUCACACAAGAAACGCUAGAAAGUCAACUACGCACAACACUUAAUCUGAUUAUAUCCACAAUCCCACCGCCGACACGUCAAAAUAUGCGCUAUACAACAUGCUUUCUUUAUUUUAUAUGCAAUUUUACUAUGAUCUUACUUUAUCAACAUUUGGACCUCAACCGCUGUCAGGAACCAGCGUUACACAUUAGGCAACUAACUGAACUUGUUUUAGAAUGUAACGCGUUCGAAGAUAUGUAUUGUUCAAUUAGGGGUAUCCAGCAAAUUAUACACUAUUUAUCUGCUUCUAAUACUAUUUUUAUGAAAUUGAAUAUGAAAGAGGAACUCCAACAAACAUUGCAAUUGACCAAACAAUUAGCAUCCGUAUCACCUCUGACCGAAGUUAUCCUCAACAGGUGAUUCUGUUGUCGAAAAUUCUUCCAUGAAACCCUUGAUCAAUUCUCUUUGUACCUAUCAUAAAUAAAAGCGUUGGUAGUUACCUUUUGUUAUGAUAAUUCUACUUUAUUCCUUUACUUACUUCACUUUGAGACAUUGAUUUUUUCAAACGAUAUCUAUACUGUUUUGACCGUCUUUUGUUUCCUUUUUCAUCCAAAGUCUCCAAUACUCUCUUUUUUGAUGGCACAGAAAUGCCUGACUUCAAGUCUUGUCUAUCUAUCGUUGUAAUAGCU